GAAAGCUGCCAAAGACAGAGUAUAUGAAAGAGAAAGACAAGGGAAAAGGAAAGAAAGGAAGAUUUCUUCAACGAGUGAGUCUUGUGAUUGUAUCACCAACACCAAUACCAAUACCAAUACCCAAUACCAACGCCAAAACCAACAAAUGGAAUCGUUUUUCUUAACCGAAACCUUUCCCCACAACUAUUACACCUCCACCACCAUCACUUCUCCCCAUCUACUAUUAUGCUCCCAUUCUUCUCUCUCUUCUUUCUUCCUCUUUUUUAUAUCUAAUUUCGAGGUGGUUCUUGAGUUUUUAUCAACGUUUAGGACUUGGGGUUUUUGGUGUUUGACGGAUCGAUCCAUCUAUAGGGGAAUAUGUUUGGAGAAGGUAGUAGUGGCAACGGUCUAUUUCCGGCUUCAUUAGAGGGGAAUCGUUUCCAGUAUAAUGUGGCUGCAUUGCCUCAGCUGCAGCUGUUUGGGGAUGUUACCGUUGGAUGUAGUGGCUACCCGAUAAGCCACACUGUCAAUGAUCACCCAUCUGCUGCACUUCGCCCUACCAAAAGAGCCCGGGAUGUUGAACCCAACUAUAGCCAGCAAAAGCUUCAGAUAUCAUUGAAUAACAACUUUGGUCAGAAUGAAGUGGAUCAAGCUGGAAGUAUUUUGAAUCCAAUUACUGUAUCAACUGGACUUAGACUUUCUUAUGAGGAAAAAGAACGCAAUUCAUCAGUCACUUCUGCUCCUGAAAACAUGAAAGCAGCCCUCCCUGCUCGUCUACCAAUAGACAGUGGUUUUAAAUAUGAGAUUGACAGGCAAAGAGAAGAAUUUGACCACUACAUGAAAGUGCAGGAAGAUAAUAUGAUGAAGGGCAUGAGGGAGUUGGUUCAUCGACAGACAGUAUCUUUACUGAAUUCCUUGCAAAAAGAAGUUAGCAGGAAGUUAUAUGAGAAAGAUGUUGAAAUAGACAAUAUGAACCGCAAGAACAGGGAGCUUGGGGAGAGAAUUAGGCAGAUUACUGUAGAAGCUCAGUCAUGGCAUUACAGAGCAAAGUACAACGAGUCUGUUGUUAAUGCCCUGAAAAGCAAUAUUCAGCAGGCCAUGGCCCAUGGUUCCAUGCAAGCUAAGGAAGGGUGUGGAGAUAGUGAAGUAAAUGAUGCUGCCUCAAGUACAAACUACCAUCUGGCAAGUGGUUCACAUGACCAAGUACCCAAUAUACAUCAACUAAAAUGCUGCAGAGCUUGCAAGAGUAAAGAAGCCAAUGUCUUGUUAGUUCCAUGCAGGCACUUGUGUCUUUGUAAAGAAUGCGAAGUGUUUAUUGAUAGUUGCCCAGUAUGCCAGGUAAUGAAGACUGCAAGUGUUCAAGUUUACAUGUCAUGAAAGACGUACGUAUAUACGAACACUUGCACUCAUCAUAAUCUUUUGUGUUUUGAAGAAGAAUGUUUAAAUUACGUAAUGUUACAAAAUCAUGAAUUGUGGAUGCCUUAACUAUAUGAAAAUACAGAUCAGUUGAAACAA